AUGGUAAAAUUGAGUGUAGAAGAUUUUAAAGUUACAAACGCAUCUACCGAAGUUGAAAUGACUACAGUCGCACAAAAUUCAGAGCUUCCUCCUCCAUAUACGGAGAGGGUUGAAUCUGCGCAGCCGGUAACUAAUCAGCCUAUUGUGCUUCAAACAGUUAUAGUACCUCUAACAUUAAAAAGAACUCCCGUUUAUGUUAACUGUCCACACUGCAAUGAAAGGGUUUUGACAACUGUACAACAUACAAACACACAAAAGACUCAUAUGAUCGCUGGAUUUAUAUGUGGUUUAACUAUGUAA